AUGAUCAGAAAGCAUAACCCUGAUAUCAUAUUUUUGUCUGAAACUAAGACUACAUCUCCUACAGCUAGUUCUUUCCUGCUUCAGCUUGGUUUCAAUUUGAAUGUUCAGGCUCCUCCCUGUGGCUCUCGAGGCGGACUUUUUCUUGCCUGGAAAAAUGAUAUUACCCUCUCUGACUUCUAUGUAUCUCAUGAUAUGAUUUGUGCUUGGUGUUACUCAGACUCCCCUACUGUUAAAUGGUUGAUUUCGUUUGUUUAUGGCCUCCCUUAUCAGAAAACCAAUUUUGAUUUCUGGACCACUCUAGCUGAUUUCGGUGAUCAUUGUGAUAUUCCUUGGCUUUGUAUUGGUGAUUUUAAUGCUAUAACUGCUCAACAUGAUAAAUUGGGCGGUAGACCAUUCCCAAGCUUCUCCGGGAAUAAUUUUAGCUAUUUUAUGAAUCAGUUUGGUAUGAUUGAUCUUGGAUUUUCUGGUAACCCUUAUACGUGGUCAAACCACCGACAAGGGCAUAGUUUGAUUAAAGAGCGUCUUGAUCGGGGUAUUGCUACUAAUCAAUGGAUUCAACAUUUUCCCUCUUUCUCUAUUACCCAUUUACCAGCCCUAAAUUAUGAUCACAGCCCUCUGCUCUUAGAUACAUCCACUAGAUCCCCUUCUCUCCCUCGUCCUUUCCGCUUUGAAGAAUUUUGGACUAGGGAUCCCACUUGUGGUGUAGUUAUCAAUGAAGCUUGGAGAUCUAUUGGUGAUUGUUUUAUUUCAAAUUUCAAGACUUUGUUUGCCUCCACAAAUCCUAUUGCUAGCAUUGAGUUACUAGACCUUUUUCAUUGCUCCGUGUCUGAUGAAGAUAAUAACAUGUUAUGUGCUAUUCCAACUGAAGCAGAAAUUCAUACUGCACUAGCUAGCCUUGGUGAAUCAAAGGCCCCUAGCCCUGAUGGAUUUACAACUCUUUUCUACAUGAAAUAUUGGGAUGGUAUUAAAUUGACUGUUCUACAAGCUGUCUGGAAUUUUUUCAGGAAUAACCACAUGAUCAAGGAAGAGAAUCACACUUUUAUAGCUUUAAUUCCAAAUAAGCUGGGUGCCUCCUCCGUGCAUCAUUUCCGCCCCAUCAGCCUCUGCAACAUUAUUUAUAAGAUCAUAUCCAAGCUACUAGCUACUAGGCUGAAGCCCCUACUCAACAAUAUUAUAUCUCCAUAUCAGACAGCUUUUGUUCCUAACCGCCAUAUUCAGGACAAUUCUAUAUUGGCUCAUGAGAUGCUUCAUACUCUUAAAUCUAAGCGGGGUAGAGGAGGCCUAAUGGCUGUUAACAUUGACAUGGAGAAGGCUUUUGACAAAAUGGAAUGGUCAUUUCUACUUGCAAUUCUUACAAAACUUGGUUUUCAUCCAAAGUGGAUCAACUGGAUCAGACUUUGCAUUUCCACCUCUUCAUUCUCAGUGCUUCUCAAUGGCAACCCUUUUGGGUUAUUUUCCCCUUCUAGGGGUCUUCGUCAAGGUGAUCCACUAUCCCCUUUUCUCUUUAUUAUUGGCACUGAAGUUAUCUCCCGUCUGCUUCACCAAAGCCUUCGUGGUUUUAAAAUAGCUAGAUCAUGUUCUUCCUUAAACCAUAUUUUAUUUGCUGAUGAUCUAGUCAUCUUCACCACUGCAACCUCUAGUGAAGCUAUUAUUAUUAGGGAUUGUCUUAAUAAAUAUAGCUCUUGGUCAGGACAAACUGUCAAUACCAAUAAAUCAAAUAUUCUGUUUAGCAAAAACACAAAUGCUUCUACCAUCUCUACUAUCAGGAACUUUCUCCCCUACCAGUUCACCCCAGCUCCUGCAAAACACCUUGGCCUUCCUAUCCUGUUUGGCAAAUCAAGAACAGCAGCCUUCUCUGACAUCUUAGACAAGGUUAAUGGGAAAAUUGAAGGUUCGAGAUCUAAAACUUUGUCUCAGGCAGAUUGGCUCCUUAUCAUUCUCCAUCCACAUUGUAUGCUUGGCGUUCCUCCAGCAGAGACUCAUAGGUUCCAAAUUUUUGCUGCUGUUGCUUGUGACUACCUUUGGUUUUCCAAGAACAAAGCUUAUCAUGAUGGCAUUAUCCCAAAUGCUCUUAGCAUAUCUACUACUAUCAACAUGAUUGCUCUGGAACACUAUUAUGCGUGGACAGCCAAAUAUGAUAAAACUCCUGCAGUCUGGAAAAGCCCAUCUCCUCCCUAUUUCAAGAUAAACUAUGAUACUGCUAUCAGAGCCACCUUCUCUACUCAAGCUGCAGUCUGCAGAGACUUUAUUGGUUCUACAAUCAAGUGUAUCUCCCUGAUUAGCUCUCCAUGCUCUCCUCUUUAUGGUGAGGCUCUUGCUGCUCUUCUGGCUUCCCGAUUGGCAACUUAUUUAGGGUUAUCUUUUUUUAUCUUAGAAGGUGAUUCUCUCAAUGUCACUUAG